AUGUGGUCAAGGAUUCUUCUGAGUAUUCUGUCCUUGAACUGGAUUGCCACAGUGUCUUCUGAACCUCAGUAUGUGCUGCUGGUCCCAACGGUAGUGCGGAGCGACUCUCCACAGACUGCUUGUGUGCAGUUCCACAGACUCAGUGAGCCUCUGUCCCUGAGCAUCGUCCUGGAAUACGGCAGUAUCCGGAAGACUCUCUUUGAGGAAUCUGUGACGAAGAAUGAUUUCUUCAAGUGCUGCGAGUUCAAGGUUCCUCCUGCUACUUCUGACCCCCUGGCAUUCAUUUCCUUCUCUGCCAAAGGCACCACAGUUGACUUAUCUGAGAGAAGAUCAGUGAUGAUUCAGAAUGUGGAUAAUAGUGUCUUCAUCCAGACGGACAAACCCAUCUACAAACCAGGGCAAAAAGUAAUGUUUCGUGUGGUCACUUUGGACAGCCAGUUCAGACCAGUUCAGGAGACAUAUCCCCGAAUCAUCAUUGAGGAUCCAGAGCAAAACAAGAUCUUCCAGUGGUUGGAGGUAGCAUCUAAGCAUGGAAUUGUCCAGCUCUCCUUCCCACUAAUCCCGGAGCCUAUUCUGGGGUCCUACCACAUCAUUGUGGAGAAGUCGUCAGGUGAAAAAGAGUACCAGUUCUUCACGGUGGAGGAAUAUGUGCUGCCGAAAUUUGAAGUGACAACCAGUGUGCCAGAGAGGAUCUCUUUCUUUGAUGAAGAAGUCAGGGUGAACGUUUGUGCUUCGUACACUUAUGGCCAACCGGUGCAAGGGAAUGUCCAAAUCAAUGUGUGUCAGCAGCACUUUUAUAGUCUACGAUGUGAGCAAAAGCAGAAAGAAACCUGCAAAGCUGUCACUGGACUGCUGGGGAAGGAUGGCUGCCUCAACACUGUCAUCUCCAUCAAAGCAUUCCAGCUCUACCGCAGCUACGCCAGGAUGUAUGCCAGCCUCAAUGUAGAAAGCAUCGUCACUGAAAAUGGGACAGGUAUCCAGAUGAAAGCCUAUGACUAUGUUGCAGUCAACCAAGAAAAUGACAGAGUGAUGUUCAAGAAUAUGGAUCUCUAUUACAAAAGGGGAAUUCCUUACUAUGGUGAGAUCGCUGUGACGGAUAUGGAUGGCAAGCCCCUUGCUGAUAGGACUGUCCUGCUGGAGCUCAAUGAAAAAUACCUGGCCAACUAUACCACUGACAAGAAUGGCACUGCUGCUUUUUCCAUUGACACAUCCAACUUCUUUGAUCCCAGUUUUAAGUUGAGAGUCAGGCAGGCUCCAGAUGACUGUGCAGACUUCUUCAUCUGGAGGAAUGAUAAUGAGCACCAAGCCUUAUUCUUUGUUUGGCGUUUCUACUCACGGACCAAUAGCUUUGUGAGAAUCGAGCCAGUGAAGGAGGAGCUCAGCUGUGGCCACCAGAGAACGAUCAACGUUCACUAUGUCCUGAACAGAGAUGGGUACGGGAAUGCCAGGCACACAAACUUCUACUAUGUGGUGAUGACAAAAGGAAAAAUUACUCUCAGUGGCCAGAAGCAAGUCAGUAUCUCUGGUGCUCCCAGAGGUACAUUCUCCAUCACACUAACUGUCACUGAGAAGCUUGGCCCCAGCGCCAGGCUGUUGCUCUACACAGUGCAUCCUCAUGGGGAGAUAGUGGCUGACAGUUCUCGGAUACGCAGCAAUGUAUGCUUCAAAAACAAGCUCCAGCUCGAGUUCUCCGAAAAGCAGGGUCUCCCCGGCUCUAAAGUCAGUCUCCACGUUGAAGCUGCUCCCAACUCCUACUGUGCCCUGAGAGCUGUAGAUCAGAGUGUCCUCCUUCUUCAGCCUGAGCAAGAGUUAUCUGCUGAGAGAGUGUACUACAAUCUUCGUGUGAACGAUUUAUAUGGCUAUUACUACAAUGGGCUCAACCUGGAAGAUGACAAGCCAGAGGCAUGUACCCCAGUCAAAACCACCUUUUUUGAUGGCUUGUACUAUGAACCUGUGAAUGUCAGUCGUGAUGGCGAUGUCUACAGGAUUUUCAGGGAUAUGGGCCUGAAGGUUUUCACCAACUCUGUGCUACGGAAGCCAGUUCUGUGCAAUGAAGACAGAUCAGACAUGGAAGAUUAUCCCUAUUUUGACUAUGGUGUCACCCCUGUCAGUGGCUAUGGCCUAGAUGAGUCAAGGAUUCUUGCUGGGGGUGGUAUUAACACUGUUCGGAAAUUCUUCCCUGAGACCUGGAUUUGGGAUCUCGUUCAUACCGAUUCCAGGGGAGACGUCAAUGUCUUUUACACCAUUCCUGACACCAUCACAGAAUGGAAAGCCAGCGCUUUCUGCGUGCAGGAUGAUGCUGGGUUUGGCAUCUCUUCACCUGUUUCACUGACAGCAUUCCAACCAUUCUUUGUGGAUCUCACCUUGCCAUACUCGGUCAUUCGAGGGGAAAAAUUUAAUUUAAUAGCCAAUGUCUUCAACUACCUCAACAAAUGCAUCCAGAUCAGUGCCAUACUGGCAAAGUCGAGUGACUACAAGGCAGAAAUCCUUUCACCAGAGGGCAAUACAGCAAGGGUGUGUGCCAAUGAAAGAAAAACCUAUAUUUGGGCUGUUAGCCCUGGCAAACUUGGUGAGGUGAAAUUCACGAUUACUGCUGAGGCCAAACUGAAUACCAGAGAUACUGGAAACAAAAUACCCCCAGAAGAGGAGACAAUUCACAGGGACACCCUGAUUCAAACCCUACUUGUUGAGCCUGAAGGUAUUAAAAAGGAAUUGACUCAGAGCUCCCUCGUCUGUACGAAAGGCAUAACGAUUUCUGAACCAGUGUCUCUCAGCCUUCCAAGAAACCUAGUGCAGGGAUCAGCCAGAGCUUAUUUUUCUGUCAUUGGAGACAUUUUGGGUACAGCCCUGAGGAACAUGGAGAACCUCCUCCAUAUGCCUUAUGGCUGCGGAGAACAGAACAUGGCCUUGUUCACACCCAACAUCUAUGCCCUUGAUUAUCUGAAUAAGACUGGGCAGCUUACUGAAGAGAUUAGAGUCAAGGGUACUGGAUAUUUAUCCACAGGGUACCAAAAACAGCUAUCAUACAAACACCGGGAUGGAUCCUACAGCUCCUUUGGGACCCGAGAUAGGGAAGGGAGUGUAUGGCUCACUGCCUUUGUGUACAAGUCAUUUGCACAAGCCAGACGCUACAUCUACAUCGAUGACAACGUCCAGUCUCAAACUUUAAUCUGGCUGGCAAGCAAGCAGAAGUCAGAUGGCUGCUUUGAAAAUGCUGGGUCACAUUUCAAUAAUGCUUUGAAGGAUGGAGAAGAAGGUGAAUACUCACUCACAGCCUACGUUGUGGCAGCAUUGCUGGAGGCUGGACACUCUGCUGCGCAUCCUGUCGUUCAGAGUGGCAUGAACUGUUUGGAGACUGCAUUUGGUAAUGGGGUCCACAACCUAUAUAACCAGGCCCUCUUUGCCUAUGCUUACGGCUUAGCUGACAACGAGAAAAGAUGGCAAUUCUUCCUUGAGAAGCUGGACAAGAAAGCUACCAGAGAUGGUGGUUCAGUUCAUUGGCAAAGAGAAAAUAAGCCACCAGCAGAACAUUUUCCUGUGUUCUAUUCCCGUGCCCCUUCUGCUGAGAUUGAAAUGACCAGCUAUGUGCUCCUGGCUUUGCUCAACAAAGCCACACUCACUCCAGAAGACUUAUCUUACAUUUCUCGCAUUGUGCACUGGCUUGUCAAACAACAGAACCCAUAUGGCGGUUUCUCCUCCAGCCAGGACACUGUUGUUGCUCUUCAAGCUUUAGCCCAGUAUGGAUACCUCACCUUCUCUAAAACAAGUCUUAACACAGUCAAAGUCAACUUCACGGAGUUCCCCAGUAAGACUUUCCAGGUGAAUGACAAGAACCGCUUCUUACUGCAGCAGGCUUCCUUACCCACUAUUCCAGGGAAUUACAGUGUGGAAGUGAAUGGCACUGGCUGUGUCUAUCUGCAGACCACUCUGAGAUACAACAUCCAUUUGCCAAAAAAAGUUGCAGGAUUUUCUCUGUCCGUACAGCCUGCCAAUGUAUCCUGCACAAGCAACUUCCCACCAAAGUUUGACCUUGUCCUCUCUGCCAGUUACACAGGAAACCGCAAAGUCUCCAACAUGGCUAUUAUUGACGUGAAGAUGCUCUCAGGUUUUGUUCCUGUAAGAUCUUCCCUGAAAAAGUUUCAGUACCAGCAUUCUGUUGUGGAUCGCGUAGACAUCAAGAACAACCACAUCCUCUUCUAUCUUCAGAAGGUGUCCCAGAAGGAAAUCAGCUUCUCCUUUAGUGUGGAGCAAAGCCUGCCUGUCUCAGAUAUCAGACCAGUGCCAGUACAUAUGUAUGAUUACUAUGAAACAGAUGAAUAUGCCCUUGCAGAAUACAACACACCCUGCUCCCCGCCUUCCAACUGA